AUGCUUGGUUAUUGCGAUGACGAUUAUGAUGGUUCUCGCGGACACGAGCAUGAGCUGAAGCGGCUGGAGCACGAGCUGAAGCUGGCAGAACUGGCCAGAAGCCAGGUGGAACGGUUGGUGGAGGAGUACGGGUUGCAGGAGCGGCUGCGGGACGGCGCCCGUGCAAUGGCGGCGGCUUUCGCGAGUGGACCCAGCACGCGGCGACGUGGGCCGGCAGUGGACAGGGUUCGGUCGGGCUUCUUUGACUGUGUCGGCGCGAUGGGCGAGCUCGAGACGAGGCUUGAAGCCUUGGUCGGUGUUUUUCACUGUCAAAUUCAAGGCAUUCAAGGAUUUGCGAGGCUGUGUCCGGGAGACGUUUUUGAGUUGAGCAUCCGGCAUGGGCGUCAGAAGUGGAAGACCCGUGGGAGAAUCUGCAAAGACGGCUCGCAAACCUGGGACCGCCCGCAGGCCACUUUCAAGGCGUCUUGCCUGACGGAAACUGGUGAAAAGGAAGUCAUGACGACGACGUCGACGUCACCGGCUGUGCUAAUUGUCAAAGCUCGAGAAGUGAAACGAGGUCCUCUGGGACAGAAGGUGUUGCUGGGCAAGCAAGAGUGUGAUUUGCUGCAGUUGCUUGCCCCGCGGCCAGUUGCCUUAUCUCUGCCUUUGAAUCAAUCUGGGUCUCUGAAGCUCAGCAUGCUCGUCGUAUGGAGGCCCUUGGACGCGAUGAUGGUGAAUGGCGUUCCGUGGGCCAUCCCUUCAUCAUCCGUCGCACUUCCGUCCACACUAUCGUCCUCUUCUUCUUCCUCUUCCUCGUCAACGGCACUUUCGAUGCUCAGAAAGACCCACCAUGGCGGAAGUUUGGAUUUCAAUCGGCGCCCCCGCCAAGGCAGCGAACCACGUAGCAUUGGCGAUCGUCAACGCUGGUCCGCCAACCUGCGACCUUUUGCGUCCGAUGACGAGUACGACGAAGAAGAGGAGGAGGAUAUUUGCAAGAACUGUGUUGAAGAAGAAGAGGAAGAGGAUGCCGAGGACGACGACAACGAGAACAAUCGAAUGUGUGGACGGAGACGGCGGCAUGAAUCGCUGCCUACAUCCGACUCCUCUUUAUCGAGGAACACUGAAUCUAGUUCCGGGAGAGAUGAAACUUCGUCGGUUGGAAACACGUUGUCGUGGUCGAGAAGUGGAAGCCAGGUGACGUUGGAUCGAGGAGAGAACACGACCGACGAAUGCUCGUCAUGUCGCUCAACAACCACAUCGAGUCGCUCAACGAAAAGCUCGUACAUGCAAGGAUCCGUGAUCGUGCCCCGGGAUCCCGUGGACCUGAACUUCACGCUUUCCAAGCGACCCGGCUGGGGUCUUUCAUUUUCGCAGCGAGACAGGUUCAUGGCACGCUCGUGCCCCGCCGUUGACCUCAUCGCACCCAACGAAGCAGACGAGGACGGGGAGAAUGAAAGGGAGAAACGGGAUGAGGAUCGUGUGGACGGGGAUGAUGAUGAUGACAAUAGUGCCCUUGAUCGACUGUCAGACUUGGUGGCCAAGGUAGUGGCUGGGGUGGACGAUAUCCGCGGCCGGUUCUGCCAAUUGAGCGAGUUGGAGGCUCAGGUCGAUCGCAUGGAUGAGGUGUUGGCGGCUGUGACUCCUGCCAAGCGCUCAAAA